ACAUCGAAUUAAAAGAUCUAUGGAUUAAAGGAAUUUUAUUCAAAGUAAAAAAAAAAAAAAAAUUUAGCCCACAGAUUCACAUGAACUAUUAAUAUAUUCCAAACACGUGAAUCAAAGCACUUUCUUCAACUCCAACUUCAAAAAUGGCCUGUCUAUCUCUUCUUAAAAAAUUCAGUUCGACCAAUGCUCUUUUAGCGGCGGUAGUGGUGGCGUUGUCUUUGUCGCUGCCCGUUGUGGGCUGCUACACUUCUAUAUUCGGGUUUGGGGAUUCCCUAACGGACACGGGAAACUACAUGGCUUCAUGCUUGAAGGGAGUUGUGCAAUGUGACGAUGAGUAUCUCAAAUGUAGCGUUCCACCCUACGGAGAAACAUUCUUCCACCGUCCCACCGGCCGCUGUUCCGAUGGCCGUCUUAUCAUAGAUUUCAUCGCUGAGCAUUAUGGGCUUCCACUUGUACCACCGUACGCCGGCGGCGAAGAUAUAAAACUCGGAGGAAGUGUGAACUUUGCCGUUGUUGGAGCUCCGGCCCUAGACUAUACCUUCCGUGAUGAACAAGGAACUCUUACUCGUAAAGACAUCUCCAUGAAGGCUCAACUCGAUCGCUUCAAAGACUUUCUCCCAUCUAUCUGCAAAACCUCAAAUUGUGAAGAAAUAUUUGGUAGCUCGUUAAUUGUAUUCGGACCUUUUGGAGGUGAUGACUACUCUUCUGCCAUGGCAAAGAAAGAUAUUAAAGAAGCACAUCUCCUCCAGCCUCGAAUUGUUAAUGCAAUUGCAUCAGCCGUUGAGGAACUAAUUGAGCUAGGCGCUGUAAACAUCAUGGUACCUGGGAUGAUGCCAGACGGGUGUAUAGCAGUUACAUUAACACUUUUCUAUGGUUCAAACCAGAAUGCUUAUGACUCAACAACUGGUUGUCUUAGUUGGCUCAACGAAUUUGCACAAAAUCAUAAUAAAUUGCUUCAAAAUGAGUUGAACCAGAUUCGUGAUCGUCAUCCAAAUAUUUUUAUUACUUAUGCUGAUUAUUACAACGCCGCAUUACAACUUUUUCAAUUCCCUGCAAAAUAUGGCUUUCAUGGAAGAACACUUGAUGCUUGUUGUGGGAGUGAAGGUCCAUACAAUGUGGACAACAGUAAAGAAUGCGGUUAUCCCUCUUCAAAUGUGUGUGCAGAUCCUUCCUCUUAUAUCGAUUGGGAUGGUCCACACUUAACAGAAGCAGCCAAUAGAUGGAUUGCCAAGGGAUUGCUAAAUGGGUUAUAUACUAACCCAAAUAUUACUGCCUCAUGUGUUUCUGCAACAGUAAACAGUCUUUAGAAAUCGACAGAUUUUUUUUAAUGAUUGAUAUUGUGAGGGUUUCUUUUAAUUAGUAUAUGACAUGUUCGUCGUGGGAAAAAGAAUUUGUGUGGAAUGAUAGAAAUUGAUAUUAUAUUGUGGUGUGAUUUAAUAAUAAAUUAUUGGGUUUGAAAAGUAAAUAAAUGUAUCUUUUUGUGUUUUACUUGUUC